AUGCUGUCAAUCGAGCUGCUGCUUCUUCAGAACCACUCCUUGCUGAGCAGCAGCAGCAGCAGCAGCAGCAGCAGCGAGAGCAGCAGCAGCAGCGAGAGCAGCAGCAGCAGCAGCAGCAGCAAGAGCAGCAGCAGCAAGAGAGAGAACCACCCAAACUGCUCGCUGCACACACAGCAGCAGCAGCAGCAGCAGCAGCAGCAUCAGCAGCAGCAGCAGCAGCAGCAGGAGCAGCAGCAGGAGCAGCAGCAGCAGCAGCUACACUAUAGGCACAAUGAGACAGACAAGAAACAACACACGAACUGCAGCAACCAAAGGCUUGCUGCUGCUGAAGACGGCUCCCCUAAGGGGCCCCUAGAGGGCCCCUGGGGGGCCCCUGGGGGGCCCCUGGGGGGCCCCUGGGGGGCCCCUAGGGGCCCCUUGAUAGCACCCAAGGCGGUCAGAGAGCAGCUGCAUCAGCUGCAGCAGCUGCAGCAGCGGCAGACAGCAGCAUGA